AUGGCGGCGGCGAUGGCAGUGACUGCUCAAGAUGUGGUGAUGGCAGUGAUGGCGUUGAUGGUUGAGAAGGUGGCCGUGGCGGCAGAGAUGAUGUCAGUGGCGGCGGAGAAUUUGGCAGCAGAGGGGAUUGCGACGGUAGAGAUGGUGGCUGCGGCGAAGAUGGAGGCUAUAGCGGCCCCGCUUACCAGAUCGCCGGCUCGCUUCGCCAACGUCGGCUCGCCGUUUCCGUCCGCAGGAAGAGAAGGUGGUGCCGGAAGGGAAGACGUUGCCGGAUGCCGCAUAUGUCGUCGGUCAACGAAGGAGGAGGGGCCGGACGGCAGCGGUGGCUGCGGCGGCUGGGGAAGGCGCCCUGCUCGAGGAGGGUUGCGACGGUGCCGGGCCGCAGUGCCGGGGCCACGGUGGAGAGGGGAUCGAACAGGGGAUCACAGGAUACUAGCUGAGGUGGCGGGGCGUAACGAGAAGGUGGAGGUGAAGCAGAAGUGGGCCUCGCGGCUGCUGGGCAAGCUGCGCAAGGACAUCACGCAGGAGUGCCGCGAGGACUUCGUGCUCAGCAUCACAGGCAAGAAGCCCGCCAUGUGUCCGAAGUCGGGCCAUAUGCAUACGCAACAUGCUGGUCCUUUAAUUAUCAGUUUCCUGGACUCAUCGAUGGAGUAUAACUCAAUACCGUCGUGUAUGACCACCGGGGACCGAAUCGCGGCCCCGGAUUCGGAAUGCGUGCGGUUUCCCCCGGACGCCUCAGGUGAUCAGUGGGCGUCGCGGCUGCACGACGUGGGCGCGCUGGCUCAUAACGUGGGAGCGCCGCUGAGUCUCGCGAAGGCUGUCAGCAAGCAGCGCCGGGCCACCGCCGCCGCCGCCGUCGGAUACACAUGCGGCGAUCGUGUCGCAGCAUCCGACCCGCUGAUCCACAUCGCAAAUUUGGCCCAGAUCCGCGUACCGCUGGAUGCUCUCUACUUCUUAGGAGAUGAGCCGUGCGGCAACGGAUAA